AUGUUAGGCGAAUGGUUGCUUUCUGUCGCAGUGUCUGUGAGGAGCAGUCGAGUCUUCAUGGGGUUUCUGUUGCAAGCACGCACAGUGGCUGAUCACUGGAUAGCUGGCACCUUUGUCUUCACUCGCCAUUCUAAACUGAUGGCUUGUUUUGAAGAGGCAGACACCGUCACUCACUCUGACAAGUCUGUGAAGAGGAAACUCUUGUUCAUGUGGAAAGCCCCUCCCCAGUCUAUGGGGACAUUAGAUCCCUGUAAGAGAGCACAUCUCUCAGUGGUCGAGUCAUACUUUGCUUACUGGGCCAGGACUGAAUCGUCUGUUGUGUCUCAGCAUAGUGGAGACCCUUCUCCCAACCCCCACUGCGUGCAGCUGGGGUCACCAGCGAUCACCUCGUGGCGGAUGCCAGAUGCUGCUGAAAGAACUGCGCCAGGUCCCUGUCCCUGGGAAACAAGCAAACCACACCUGCCCCAGCAGCUGCAGCUGCCUCCAGGGAUGGCGGUCACAAGAGGGACCACGCACUUUCAGCUUCUGCGGCAACAAACGGGCUUUAUUAACUCACUAUAUGAAUCAAGUUGGCCUCCCAGGGUGAGGGCAGUUAGAACCAUGCUGUGAAACCAGGAGACGGGCACACACCUUCCUGGAAGAAUGCUGUGCUGGCAGUAAGCACGAUGUUUGAUGUUUCAGCGUUCCCUUGGAUCUGUGAAGCUGAGUGCCACGCCCUCCUGCUUCUCCUCCUCCUCUUCUCCCUUUUCCUCCUCCUCUUCCUCCUCUCUUCCAUCCCCCCUUUUUUAUCAUGCUGUAAAACCCCACACAAUAUGUGUUAGAUAGAAGGGCCUCAACAUCACUAUGUAGCCAAAGAUGACCUUGAACUUCUGAUCAUCUUGCCUCUAUUUUCUAAGUACUAGGAUUACAGACGCUCACCACCACGCCUAUUUAUCCAGUACCUAGGGCUUCAUGCAUACUAGACAAGCAACCUACCAGCUGAGUUAUUCCCCUAGCCCUUCAUCCAGUGAUCAUUUCCAUACUAGGCAGAAGGCGCUUUGCAGCCUAGACUGGAGAGGAGAAUGGGGAGUAAGAGGGUGUCUCCCGAGGAAUCCACCUUUUCCCACUUACCUGCCCGUGAUUUUCCAUUUCAUUGCCUGUGGUCUUUUGAAAAAGGAAAUA